AUGUUCCCGCAGGCGAGACAGGUUGGACAGUAUUUGGCUGCGUAUAGUCAGCGAUAUAUCCCGAGGGAUAUGCUGAGAUUGGGACAUCGAGUUGUUAAAACGGAGCGUUUGACUGGAUCAGAUGUCAAUUGCAAGUGGAAGGUAUCUUGGGUUAAGGGGAGCAGACAGAAUACCACCCAAGAAACAACUCCACAGACCAAGAUCGAGUCUGAAGACUUUGACUUUCUUGUUGUCGCAUCUGGCUACUUUGCUCGUCCAUAUCUUCCAGUACUUCCAGGACUCGAGCACUUCACGGGCCAGGCGAUCCAUAGCUCUACCCUGGAAAAGGGUCGCGCCGGUCUCUCCACCAUUGCAGAGACUACCCCUCAGGGAAAUACCGUCGUGAUCGGCGGCAGUAUGUCAGGAGUCGAAGCUGCAUCUGCACUUGCUCUACGAGAAUCUUCACUGCGUCUUUCUACAUAUCUAGGCUCUGGCAGCCCGCAAAAGAAUAACAAGGUGUACCACGUACAUUCCCGACCAUUCUGGACUCUACCUACAUAUCUCCCUUGCGAAACCUCCGAGGAGACCGUGCCAUUCUUACCUCUUGAUCUGGCAAUGUAUGACCUUAGUCGCCGCCCACCGGGUCCGGUAGAGUAUACUCUAGGCCCUCUAUCGGAAGAAAAGAUUGCAAAAACGAACGAUUAUUUCAGGUCCCUGCUUGGCGCUGAGUAUGAAAGAUACGGACACCCGCACCAGCAAUCUCCCUUGGCAAAAGCAGACCCCCAGCCAGAAUGGGUAGCUAUAGGGAAUGACUAUGCAGAGUUUGUCCGAUCCGGCGGGAUAAAAACCGUAAUGGGUCGAGCCACUUCGAUUCAUCCGCAGUCUGAUACGAGGAUUGCCUCGAUGAAGAUUGAGACCGCUGAAGGCUCUCAAAUAUUGGAGGAUGUCACAUCGAUCGUGAUGGCUACGGGAUUCACCCCGUUCGAUUCACUAUCUUUCCUACCUGACGACGUUCUGUCUAGCCUGGAGUACAACACAUCCGACCCAUUCUUACCACUCAUCCUGGAUAAAGGCGGCACACUACGCUCGGAGAUUCCCGAUCUAGGAUUCGUCGGAUUCUACCGUGGUCCUUACUGGGGUGUCAUGGAAAUGCAAGCGAAAUUCCUAGGCAAAGAAUGGGCAGCCGAAGACAAUACUCCCGGCGAAGGCGACGCCAAGAAUAAGAGCGAAAGGGAACUUCUUCGAAUUCUGAGACAGCCCAGUGUGGAUGUUCGCCGUGCGCAAUUCCCGAUGGGUGACUAUGUAGGAUUAAUGGAGACAUUUUCCAAGGAUCUCCAAAUAGAGCGGACGCUUUCGUCCGGCGAUGACAGUCGGACUGGGCCGGUGAUACCUGCACGAUAUGCCCAUGGACAGGAAGAUGUUGAGGCACGCCGUACGUUGGAUAGCUUGCGAGCUAUCUCAUGUCAGGAUCACUCCACGGCAGCCCAAGCCGCGGCAUCGCUAGCCGUGUUUAGGGCUUUACAUGGGACGUGGAGGUAUACCCAGACAUCAGCGACUGGGGAACGAGUUGGGUCUGGCACGGUAGCAUUCAUCCCACGGUAUCCAUCAAAUGAGAUACAUGACCGGGAAUAUGUUUUGGAGACACGCCAAGAUGAAGUCUCAGCGGGAUUCCAAGUAUCGUCAGUUGGGAGGGCGGUUUUUUGCCUGUCAGAAGCCGGAACCAGAGAGUCAAACCCGGGGAUUCAAGUAUACGAUGUCACCACGGAUAGAGACAGAGAAGAAAGUCGACUCGCUUACAGAUUGCAUUUGACCCCGUUUUACCGCGAGGAAGGGGUUGGAGAAUACGUGAUCAAUGCAGAGAGGGUUCACGCCAAUGCUGCCGAAGAGCCAACUGCACGAGGAAUCAGAUAUACCUUCCAUUUCCAAGGUGUCUCUAUCACAGAGUGGGAGUGUGUCCAGGUCGGAGAUCGUACCUCGGAAAACAACACAAACUCUGAGAGUCAAUCUGAGCUUCUCUGGCAAAAUAUUUACAAGAGAUAG